ACCACGCUCAUUGAUGAAAGUACUGGCACAAGUGUCCCGGCGUUCAGCGGGUCAACAACUCGUUAUCCUUCUUAUCGAUUUGUCUGAGUCUCUGUAUAUCGACUCGACCUGACCCUUGUGACCAUAUAGUCAGUCUGCUUGGCUAUCUCUGUAUUCCUCUUUUUACUGGUCACAAUAACAACUCAGCCGUCUCUCCUUUCAUGUUGUGCCUCCUCCUCCUCAUCUUCUUCUUCUGCAGAUUAUUCGCAACAUUUAAAUAACUCGAAAUUAAAGUGACAGUCGUGUUUUACUUACUAAGUAAAGAGUGAGGAGACAGAUAACACAUAUGUAAAAAGCGAGCAAGUCAUGAGUUUAAACUCUUUUUUUUCUUUUUUAAUAUAAUAUCAUUAUUAUAAUUGAAGAGUGAAUGUGACUUGGUUAAAUAAUCGUCAUCAUCGUCAUCACCAACAAUUUUUGCAUAUUAUUAUGAACAACGACGACAAUCAUCAGUUUAAAGAAAAGUUUUUACAUUUCAUUCCAUUGAAUACAUACGUACGUACGCACGCCACGCUCUGAAUUUGGGACAUUUGGAAAAUUCUCGCCCGACAAUUAAAGAUACUCAACCUGCACUUAAGCCACUGCAAAAGGGUUAAAGACUCGAGUACGAGUUUGAUCAUCACACCAACAACUACAGGACGACCACCAACCAAGAGGACGAGACCAUCCAUUAUUUGACAACAAUAAUCGUCACUAAACAAUCAGGGAUGAAGGGCGACAUUUCUGGGAGCGAGGAAUGGGGGGAUGUCACGGACUCCAGGUCACGAUGUUCGAGCGGAGCCCAAAGUCCAGACUCUGACGCAGACCGAGACAAACGGAGAGGACGACCUAGGUCGGACGUUGUGCGGUCACUCAUCGCCCAAGGAUCCGCGUCCCCCAGUUUGAUCAAGUGUCACUACUGCGAACGCGUCUUUCCCCGUGAAAAAAGCCUGCAAGCCCACUUGAGAACACACACGGGGGAGAAGCCCUACAUUUGUGACUUUCCUGACUGUGGAAGGGCCUUUACACAAAGUGGACAGUUAAAAACACACCAACGUCUGCAUGCUGGGGAAAAGCCUUUCGUGUGCUCACAUCUUGGGUGUUCGGUUCGGUUUACCCAUGCAAAUCGUCACUGUCCAGAACACCCCAACGUGCCACUCAAGAGAUCUUAUGACUUUGUGUUUCGACCCGUUAUCAACAGCGAUACCGUUCAGGGAGGGCAAAUUAUGCAGUGGUUAGAAAAGUACAAGCGAGAAAGGGAACAAGCUUCUAAACUGGCAUCUGGAAAUGGAUCGUCAUCUUCCACGAAGUCGAGAAGUGGUAGCAGAAAGCGACGAAGUAGCUCUCAAGAUCAUUCUUCCGGCGAGGAGUCGAUCACUGAUCAACAGGAAAACUUGAGCGACAUGUUUGACGACCACGACAGCUUCUCGCAAGAUGAUGAGAUGCAAAUUGUGGAGAUGGAUUGUACUUCACCUCCUCUAAUCCAAUCUACCCUCUGCCUCACACCGGUUAAUCGUAAUUCUCGCCACUGCAUGGACAGUGGUUUGCCUAUCUCUCCCAAUCUACCGCCACCAAAUCAACAGCGCUUUUUUGGCACCGAGAAACGUAACAUUGUAAACGGGAUGAGUCGUCGUAAUUAUGCGUCUCUUGCACCUUCAACGCCACCCAUGGUGACACCCAUGGGAGUGAGCAGUGUCCACAAUCAGAGGGGGCGAGGAGGAGGAAAUGCUACUACACCAAGCACUCCAAAAUCGUCUCAUAGCUCUUGGAUGGAAAGUCCGAUCGGAUCAAGACCUCCGAAACCAAAGAGAAUUUGGCUUGAGCGAGAACAAGAAAAUCAUGAUGAUGAUCAAUACUUUACAAGCAACAUGAUUUCCCAUGCUAAUCAGGAAAAUUCAGAAAUAAACACCAAGUAUUUGGUCAAAAAUGAGAAUAACAACGACGUAAUUCAACCCGAACGGGGAGCAAUCAUCUCAUGUGCUGAUAACCAGCCUCGACCUUCCGUUCUCGUGAUGGCUUCUCAAUCUCCAACCGAAUUUGAGAUGAUGGAUACUCGAGCAGGCGGUGACACAAUCACACAAACUUGUCGGAAUCAAGUUCAUGAUAACAACAGGAGAAACGUGCAUCAGGAUCCUUCCUUGGUUGACCAGUAUGCAACAUUCUACAGUGUCAACGUAGAUUCAAGUAAAAGCUUGGAAAAUGGACGAUACGUCCAAAACCCUCACAAACUGAACAACGGGGACAAUCAUAAUAAUUCAUACGCAAUUCAUAAUAAUAAUAACAAUCAUAAUAGUAAAUAUGACACUAUUGAAAUGCAGGGGAAUUCUCCAAUGCCCCGAUACAACGCUUAUAGCAACUCUCAUAAUCUUAGCUCUAUUCACUUGACUGCACAGCAAAUUUAGUUAAAAGCUUCCUCAAUGUCAGUAGUCCAGUGCUUUGAAGAAACGCGUUGUGAUAAUAGUUACUAAAUAGCUACCAGGGAUUAAUUAAUUGUAGUAGAUUUGAAUACUUCUUUUCUAGAUAUUUGAAACUUUAAGCCAAUCAAUUUUGUACGAUCAAUCAAGUCCAGGUUUCAAUUCUGCUAUAUUAGUUGGUAUCACACAGAGCUAUUCUACAUUUCAAUAACGGACAAUCACCGUUCAUAUUUCAUCAUUUUUUUAUAAUUAUCUACUUGACAGAUUUCGCUAUUAGAAUUACAAUCUGGUAUAAUAUAAUUCAAAAAGGGUACUAUUAAUAAUUAACUAACUAACCAUUACUUAACUAAUCAUCAAAACAAUCAUAUAUGAUAUGGGCUUCCAUUGCACGUUCUUAUUCCAAUGUAACGUAGUAAGACACACUUUAUAUUACAUUUACAUAUACUAAUUUAGGUUAGUAUGAAACUAGUUAUCACUUUAAACCUGAUAACUAACAAUAUCUCGAUAUAAAAAUAUAUAUUAUUUCACGAGCUCAAAGAAACUGUAAACGCUUCAGCUCACGUAAAUACGCUUAUAGACUCCAGUCUGUAAACUCAAACGCUUACAUUACAUAAAACAAUGUACAAUACCAAAUGAUGGUUUAUAUAAAUAUGAAUUUCAUUAUAAUUUCCUCCAAGACUGCUGAGAAAGAGAGGAAAAAAACUUGUGUACAAUCAUUAAAUCACAAUCAAUCAACAAGCCACAAUAUGUAUAUAUAUAGUAGCAUAUAUUUUACUAGGGUACUUAUAUUUCAUAGCAAAUAUUUUAGAUGUUAAGACAAUCUGUUAUCAUUCUGAUUUGAAAUAAAAUUAUAUUAUUCUGAAAACCUGA